CGCCAUUUUGUCCGGAGGUGGCCCGGUUGAGUGAACGGGGCGAAAAUAGUUGCUCCCAGAACACCGUGGAUCGUUGAAAUUACAUAGAUACCGGUUGACUGGGAUUGUUUUAGCAAAAUCUUGUUAACGAAAGAAAUCUAACGCGAGAGAAAGAAUCGUGCGCUACUUCCAGGUUUCAAAUUCGUUUUCUGAAGUUUAACUGUGUUUCCUGGGAAAGCAGACAAAAAUUGAUUUCCUAUAUAUAUAAUGUAGGUAUAGUUUAUUCAAACAAGGCCUUUAGGGUAUAAUUAUAUUUAAUGUCAGUGAAUGAGUUGAAUGAUUCUUAUUGGUGGUGCGAUUAUUGGACCAAGAGGUAUUGAGAUAAUUGGAAUAUAGCAAGGAGCACGCAAAAUGACGAUUGCCACAAGAGGCCAAGGAGUAGGCAUAGACCCUCCUGACAGCCAACAAAGUACACAGAUGCAUAGCCCACCGGGUCCGCAACAAUUGGCUGACACAAUGUCAGGACUUCAACUCACAGAGAAUGUGGUACAAACUGAAUGCACCAAUGAUACCUUAACUUCGAUAGAGGAUAGUAAUCAACUCCAGGGAGAGCCUGAUUUUCCCAUAGCAAAACUCAACAUUCUUCAUGAAAAAAUAUCUAGUCCACGCUGGGUUGUACCAGUUCUGCCAGAACAAGAGUUAGAGUGCCUGCUGCAAGCCAGUAUUGAUCUUUGUAAAAAAGGAAUUGAUGUACAAAGUGAAGCAUGUCAGCGCUUUUUUCGAGAGGGACUCACAAUUUCUUUUACCAAAAUAUUGACUGACGAUGCAGUAAGUAGUUGGAAACUGAAUAUUCAAAACUGUAUUAAUGCAAACUGUGAACGGUUAGUGGAACUAUGUGUCCUGAAACUGGACGAGGACUGGUUUCCUCUUCUUGAUUUACUGGCGAUGGUUUUUAAUCCUCUUAAUAAAUUUCACACAUUUAAUGCUCCAAGACCUUCGGAAUCUGUUCCCCCUAGCAGUGAUAUUCCCGAUGAAGAACUUUAUGCACGUCCACCAUCCGAUUCAAGAAGCCCUCGUGGUUGGCUUGUCGACCUCAUAAAUAGGUUUGGAAGUCUUAAUGGAUUUGAAAUUCUGCUCUCUAGAUUUCAGAGCGGCCGAAAUUUAACAGUACCAGUUAUUUAUGCUUUAAUCAGACCUUUCGGUUUGUGUUCCGAACUACUUACUGUACACACAAUAGUUAAAUAUCUCAUGCCUAUUGUGGAAAUGGUGCCUGUAAUUUUGAAUAAUUUGACUGAUGAAGAAUUAAAGAAGGAGGCAAAAAAUGAAUCAAAAAACGAUGCGAUAUCAGCCAUAAUCAAAAGCGCGAAACGCUUAGUGUCGCGAGUACCACAACAAAACGAGAUGAUUAAAAAUUUGGAAAUUCUGAGACUGAAAAUGAUAUUGAGACUUUUGCAAAUUUCUUCGUUCAAUGGGAAAAUGAAUGCUUUGAAUGAAGUAAAUAAAGUAAUUACCACCGUUAGUUUUUAUUAUAACCGGAAUGCGAUUACCGAAGAAGAAGAAGAAUGGCUUACCGCGGAACGUAUGGCUAAAUGGAUAAAAGAAAACGGAGUAUUAGAAAUUGUCUUGAGAGAUUCGUUGCAUCAGCCUCAGUACGUUGAGAAGUUGGAAAAAAUUUUACGCUUUAUUAUAAAGGAACGCGCACUGACUUUAGAAGAUUUAGACGCUGUUUGGGCGGCACAAGCUGGAAAACAUGAAGCAAUUGUGAAAAAUGUUCAUGAUUUACUAGCCAAACUCGCUUGGGAUUUUAGCCCUGAACAACUUGAUCAUCUUUUUGAAUGUUUUCAGAUGAGUUGGAAGACUGCUAAUAAGAAACAAAGAGAAAAGUUAUUAGAAUUAAUCAGAAGAUUAGCGGAAGAUGAUAAGGAUGGUGUGAUGGCACAUAAGGUUUUAACUCUCUUUUGGAACUUGGCUCAUUCCGAUGAGGUGCCUACAGAGAUUAUGGAUCAAGCACUAAAUGCUCAUGUAAAAAUUCUUGAUUAUUCUUGUUCGCAAGAAAGAGAUGCUCAAAAGACAAUUUGGCUAGACAAAUGUGUGGAAGAAUUGAAGAGUGGCGAUAAGUGGGCUCUACCCGCCUUAAAACAAAUUCGAGAAAUAUGUUGCUUGUACGAACCAAAUCCUAACAUAGUAGGUCAUGGUCCUCGGGGUCACCAUUUACAUUUUAGGCAAGAUGUUAUAGAACGACUUCAAGCAGAACACUCGAUAGUAAUUCUUGUAACUAACAGUUUAACAAACUAUAUGAACAAAACGCGACAAUUGGUCAAAGAAAAUCCGGACAUUGAUGCGAAUACUUACAUGCCCGAUAGUCGCUACAACCACAUUAUGCAAGUGCAAGAAAGGCUUAAUUUUCUUCGUUUUUUAUUAAAAGAUGGUCAACUAUGGUUAUGCGAGGAUCAAGCUGAACAAAUUUGGCAGUGUUUAGCAGAACAGGGUGUGUUUGUGUCCGAUCGUGAAGCUUGCUUUAAGUGGUUCUCAAAAUUAAUGGGAGACGAACCGGAUCUUGAUCCAGCAAUAAAUAAAGAUUUUUUCCAAAAAAAUAUACUGCAACUGGAUCCAACAUUACUUACGGAAAGCGGUAUUAAAUGUUACGAGAGAUUUUUCAAAGCCGUUAAUUCUAAAGAGGGGAAAUUGAAACUAAAAAGAAGAACGUUCUUCAUGGACGACGUUGACCUCAUUGGCACAGAUUAUUUGUGGCGAGUGGUAACGAAUAGCCCCGAGGAAAUUGCAAAUCGAGCUAUAGAACUAUUAAAGGAAGUAAAUACUAAUUUAGGACCACGACUUCACUCUUCGGUUCUAGCUUUUCAUGUAACAUACAUAGGGGAAUGCAUGGAUAGAUUGAAAGCACAUUACGACACUGUAUCUAUCUUAAGUAAAGUGUACCUUGAAGGAAAAGAGGAACGCGAGGAACAAAUGUCGAAUAAAAUUAAAGUGGAAGCCAUGAAAAUGUGCCGUGUCAUGAAGGUGUUACAAGAAUAUAUAAACGAGUGCGAUUCAACAUUUCCAGUAGAACGAAGAAUAUUGCCAUUACAUAGAGCAGCUCGUGGGAAGCAUCUGUCUCUUACCAUUCGUUUCGCAAAUCCUGGUCGUAAUGUAGAUGACAUAGAUGUAUUUACACACAGUAAUGAUACUUUGGGAUCGUUGAGACGACAGAUACUACGCCGAAUUAAAGCAAACGGAUCGAAUGUUAAACUUGAUUUAUUUCUUAAUGGAGAAACCUUGGAGCCCGCGGACGACAGGAAGCUUCUUUCCCAAGCUCCGUUAAGAGAUAAAAUGCUAUUGUCUGUAAAACUGAGUCAAGUAAACAGUAACAUGCCAAGUUCGCCAGAUAGCAGUUCGGAUAGCUCUACCAGUUCUCCACAUCAUCCAUAUGAUGGUCCAAACGUAGAGGCAGAAAAUAGCUUACCUGGUGUGGUCAUAUCGCAAAGAUCGCAAUACGCUACGUUUUUCUUUCAAUUGUCAGAUCUUGGAUGUACACUUCAACACGCGCAAUUACGCGAUGGUGCACGAAAUCUGUUACAAUUGGUGCCACCAGAUACACUCACUGUAUCACGAUUGCAGUGGUUAUUCGGUCACUGUAAGGACGACGACACUUUAGAUAAUGCUCUUUGUAAUGAACAAAAUACCACAGUAGAUUCUUUAUUUUUUACUGCAAGUCCUAGCCAAGUUUUAUACAAUUUAGAGGUUUUAUAUAGUUUGUUAAUGCCAGCUCUGGACCCGAUGUCUGAAAGAGCAUUCGAGUUUCAGUGCAAUUUCAUUAAGAGCGGUGAGGCUGGCGUUAUCCUCGAAAUGUUAACUAAAAACAAGUUUUUACCAAAUGCCGAUGAAACCACGAAACGAGCAGCCUAUUUAACAGUGUUGAAAUUGUGCAAACUUUUGCUAACGGUAGUGGGUAACGUGAUGGCCUGCGUAAUGGACGAAGUGCAGCAAGCUGGAAUUUCAGAGAAUCAUGAUAAUCAUGCUCAUAACAAUCGAAGUCCUGUGGCGGUUCUGAAACAGGCAUUGCAAAGUGUCCCUAAUCAGAGCACCGAGUACAUGUUGAGAAGCGUAGCAGCAAAGUUAGCCCAACACUUAGCGCGUCGGAUGUUGUGUGGGGGAACGGAAUCUGACAAAUGUCGGCAGCUUUUUAUGCAAGCCCUAUCCUGGGAGCUACCGGACGUAGCAACCAUUCGUGCCAUAAUUAGGCUAGCAUGGGCAGCAUCCACGGGUAAUCUGAACAAUAUAAACGCAUCCGUCGAGAUGCUUCAUACGCUGCACGAAACGAACGAAAAGGAAGCGUUCAAUAAUCCGGACAAUAAUGACGUUCUGGUAUGCAAAGAGGCAUUAGAAGUUCUGACGAUUGCCUUGGUACUGAAUCCAACAGCGCUAGAGUCUUUACCAAGAGACAAAAUGUGGCACACGUUUCUGAUUGAUCUUGUGUUACUGAGUACAUCGAGGGUGGUCAGAAUGGCUGCAGCAGAACAAUUUUUUCUUAUAUCGACGUGGUACAGUAGUGGUCAUCAGCCGUUAUUAUUCGCGAUAACGUUGCUUUUCUCCGUUUUAAACACCACCGUCAUGGAACACGCGAAACAGAGCCACGAGUACUUUCAGCUAUUGUGCAGGUUACUAAAUUUCGCUCACAUGUCGGGAUGCCCUCUCUUGACGGCCGAAACGUUACUGAAUAUCGAGAUAGCGUGGCUGAAGAAGGUCCGAGAUAACGUCAAAGAAACUGGUGAGAGUCAAAUCGACGAAGCUGUUCUUGAAGGUCACCUUGGUCUCACUAAAGAAUUACUGGCGUUCUUACCGCCGAACAAGAAAUACGAACUAGGUUCAGACGAAAAACACGGCGCAAAUUUAAUCAAAGAAUUGGUCGAGGAUUUCGUAUUCCCUGCAUCGCGUCUCAUGUUGCAACUUCGUAGUACUGGGGAGUUGAGUGCCACGCAAGCGAGUCCAGUGUGCACAACGCCUCAGUCGACCAGUGCUGCGUUCGAUUUACUCGUAGGUCUUUGUAUAGGCUGUGUACCUAAUAUGAAACUUCUAGUCAUAAUGCUCACCGACAUGUUCUAUUCGGAAAGAGAUGAACCGCUAGUGGAGUGGGACUAUCUGCCACCGGUUGGACUUAGGCCGUUAAAGGGCUUUGUAGGUCUGAAGAACGCAGGCGCCACUUGCUACAUGAACUCAGUAUUACAACAAUUGUACAUGGUCGAGAGUAUAAGGAUCGGGCUUUUGGCCGCGGAGGGUGCAGCGACAGACUUGAACGAAGAUUUCUCGGGCGAAGAAAGAAUCGAAGGAGAGCAAACGAUUGAAGCAAACGAUAACGAUACAAACGAAGAGAAGUGUGGUGCCGACGAAUCCAGAAAGGAAUAUAAUAUCGGAAUUUUAAAGCAGGUUCAAGCAAUCUUUGGUCAUCUGGCUUAUAGCAAAUUACAAUAUUAUAUACCCCGAGGCCUUUGGAAACACUUUAAACUUCAGGGUGAACCUGUAAAUCUUAGGGAACAACAGGAUGCCGUAGAAUUUUUCAUGAGCCUAGUGGAAAGCUUAGAUGAGGCAUUGAAAGCUUUAGGACAUGAACAGAUAAUGAGUAGGAUUCUUGGUGGUUCAUACAGCGAUCAGAAAAUCUGCAAAGGUUGCCCUCAUAGAUAUUCCAAGGAGGAGCCGUUCAGUUUGAUAAGCGUGGAUAUCAGGAAUCAUAGCAAUUUAUUGGACUCUCUUGAACAGUAUGUAAAAGGAGAAUUGCUAGAGGGAGCAGAUGCUUAUCAUUGCGAUAAGUGUAACAAGAAGGUCGUAACUGUGAAACGAUUAUGCGUCAAGAAGUUGCCACCUGUUUUAGCUAUCCAAUUAAAAAGAUUCGAAUACGAUUUUGAGAGAGUUUGCGCUAUAAAAUUUAACGAUUACUUUGAAUUCCCAAGAGAUUUGGAUAUGGAACCCUACACUGUUUCUGGACUUGCUAAAGUGGAGGGAGAAGUUAUAGACUGUGAUUACGAAGAGUCGAUGAAAGGAACUUGUACUAAAUAUCAAUUGACUGGUAUUGUGGUACAUAGUGGUCAGGCUAGCGGAGGCCAUUACUAUUCUUAUAUUUUACACAGACAAAGCGAUGGUAUUGCCAAAUGGUAUAAAUUCGACGAUGGCGAUGUUACGGAAUGCAAAAUGGAGGAAGAGGAAGAAAUGAAAUCUCAAUGCUAUGGCGGCGAUUACUUGGGAGAGGUGUUUGAUCAUAUGCUUAAACGGAUGAGUUAUAGAAAACAGAAACGAUGGUGGAACGCCUAUAUGUUGUUUUAUACCAGAUUGGACGUGGAGGAAAAUUCUUUAAUGAAAAGUGUUAACGAACUAUCAUUGUAUACGAAAUUAGGAGUUAUGAAGAUGCCUCCCGCUAUUGAAUAUAGUGUCAGAAAACAGAACAUAAAGUUCAUGCAUAAUCGGAACCAGUUUAGCGCAGAGUAUUUUCAAUUUAUUAAAAAACUCGUAUCUUGCAAUCCUCUUAACAUCAAUAGACAAAAUAUGAACGAGAAACUUAGUUCCGAGCAAGAAGAACUUGCUAUGUUGUCUGUCCAAUUAGCGUCGAGAUUCCUGUUUCAUACAGGUUUUCAUACUAAAAAGACUUUACGCGGUAAUGCAACGGAUUGGUACGAUAUUGUCUGUCACCAUUUGCGCAGUAGUAAAUCUGUGCGGUCCUGGUUUGCUCAUAACGUGCUAUUUAAUCAUCCACAUAGAUUUUGCGAGUACCUUUUGAGCUGUCCGAGUACAGAAGUUCGAACAGCUUUUCUCAAAAUUUUGGUAUUUCUUGCACACGUUUCCCUUCAGGAUGGGCCAUGCGUGCCACCUAGUUUAAACGCACCAACCAUACUUUUGGACCCAACGGCGACGCUCAGCGAUCACUUAUUGCACGCAGUUCUUUCUUUACUUCAUCGUGAAAUCUCAGAUCAUGGACGUCACCUACCACACUACUUUUCUCUGUUCUACACAUAUGCUUCACUUGGUCUUGCUGAAAAGGCUCAGUUGCUUAAGUUGAAUGUUCCGGUUACGUUUAUGUUAGUCGCAAUCGACGAAGGACCAGGACCUACAAUAAAGUAUCAGUAUCCUGAAUUAACAAAAUUGCACCAAGUAGUCAGUAUGUUGAUACGUUGCUGCGAUGUAUCAUCGAAAGCACACUCGAGUCAUGCACAAUCAGGAGUAGCGCCUCUACCAAAUCCAUAUGGCGACCCUGCGUGCCAGAAUGAAUAUCUAAUGCCUAUUCAACCGCAGGCAGCAGAUAUUUUAUUCGUCAAAAACAAUUAUAUGAAGAAACUGAUCGAAGACGCCGAUGUUAACGUCACUGAAGAUACAGUGAAGUUACUACAAUAUUGUUGUUGGGAAAAUCCACACUUAUCACGGACAGUGCUCAGUGAAUUGUUGUGGCAGAUUGGAUUUGCUUUCACACAUGAACUGAAACAUCACACAGAAUUAUUACUCGCCAUGCUUCUCAUGGAGGAUUCAUGGCAGACGCAUCGUGUUCACAACGCACUCAAAGGUGUGCCAGACGAAAGGGAAGGUUUAUUCGAAAUAAUACAAAGAAGCAAACAUCAUUAUCAGAAGAGAGCCUAUCAGUGCAUCAAAUGCAUGGUGCAGCUUUUCAGUAAAUGCAGACCUGCACACCAACUUUUACACCACAGUCCCGAAUUGAAGAGGAAGUGGAUACAUGCUAUUGACUGGCUCCACGAAGAACUCGAAAAAAGACCAUAUGCUUCUACGGCUCCGUACACUCAUGCAUACAGUAAUUGGUCUCCGCCGGCGCAGUCGAAUGACUCUACAAAUGGCUAUGUAUUGGAGCGUAGCAACAGUGCAAGAAAGACGUUGGAGAGAGCAUGCGAACUAUGCCCCGAUGUGGAACCAGAAGUGGAAGACGCAAGUGAAGAUUGCGCGGAAGAAGCAGAGAAAUAUCAACCACAGAAUAGAGUAAUAUUACGAUCAGGUCGUAAUCUAGGAUGGAUGUCCUUAGGCUAUCCUGAUGUGACUGUAAUACAGCAAAUGCUGGAGGAACAACAACCACAGCCCGCACCAUCUCCAGUUCACACUUCUCUUUUAGCUCACCAGUUACAUAGCCCACAGAACUGUGAGUCGUCACAAAAUACCAGCCGGGAUCCAUAAUGAACGCUAAACACUGACGUUCUACCAAGUUGCUGUCUCGGUGAAACCAUUUCAAAAUACUUAGAUAUUACUGCGCCAGCAGCUUGGUGCCCAACGGUAGAGGCACCUGUACAGAUAUAAACUCGCAAAACUGUUCUUUUUUUGCAACUGGUAUUCACGAACUUUGCAUUUGCAAUCCGUCAGUUUUUACUGUGGGCAGUUACAAUUCAUAACGAUACUAUGUGGUAUAGCCAUUUGCACUAUUGAGAAAAGAAGAAGAUUGGAUGAUAGAACAGCAGGGCGAUUACGAUUAAGAACAGAAUUUCUACGUAUUGGUGGAGGCAAUUAAUUCUCGUGAUUUUUUCUUACACCUAACGUACCAUGUAUUCUUCGUUUCGUGCAUCCAUGAUCGUUUUGGCUUUAAAAUUUAAAAAAAAAAAAAAGGACGUUUUGGUAGGAAGAAAUCUCUGAAAGAGGUUGACGAAAGCGAAAGAUAAAAACAGAAAAAAAAGAAACAAUUUAGAUAUGGAAUCAUGACUUGCCUCGAUUAAUGCAUACGAAUUCAAGUGUAGGAAUACGAUAAGAUUGUAUAAAUGUAUAGCGAAUAGUGUUAUGGAAUCCCGUCUCUGCCGAAUAGAAAACAAAGGUAUAAAAGAACGUAAGUUUCCGUAUGCCUAUGUAAAUUUGUUACUAAUAAAAAAGAACGUUAAAAUGGAACUUUCUAACGACCGAAAGAUAACGCUAAAAGUACAGUAGUUUACGAUUUAAUUGGAAAGAGCAGAGCUACAGAAAAAAGAAAAACUACGCAACUAUUGAUAUUUCACUAUUUUAGUCUUUUAAAAGACGAUUUAAAAAUAAAUACACACAUACAUACACAAAUACAGACAUACACACAUACACACAUGGAAGAAGAAUUUUCCUUGUACUUAAUCUCGAGCAUCAAAGAAGGAAAGUCAUUUCUCUGUGCAGUGAAUUUACGCUGCUUAAGAAUUUAGACAUACACCAAUGAUGCCUCCUAGUGUGCUUUCUUUCAGUUCAUUCAAUUUGAAAGAGUUGUGCCUUCGAUAUUGUGCGACUCCAUUUGUAUUCUUAGAUAGAUGUUUAAGGAUCGAGUUGUUGCUUCGAAUUCGAUUGCUUCUAUUUUUGUCUGUUACGUUGACUACUUAUGAAAAGCUAAAUAAUAGAAUUGUCGGAACUACGCAAGAGAUACGUCAAAAAUACGCGGUGCAGAAUCGAUUGUUUAAUGAAUUAUGUAAAUGAAAACUCGAGCUACGACGGGAUAACUUUAACUUAACCCUGUAUUGCAUAAUGUGUCCGAAUGCAAUCCCUAAAAAGUUCACCGAGAACACUUUACAGGAUUUAUGCAUGUUUUUUCUUUGUGAGUGUCAAAUAACUGCAGGUUUACUUACUUAUCGUUUAGUUUUGAGUAUUGAUGUAUUUAUGGAUAUAGGAAAAAAAAAACAAGAUAUAAUUUUUAUUUAUUAAUUUAAAAUAAAAUUUAUGCAAUAGAGGGUUAAUGCCGUAACGAUGGAUAUUGAGAUAUCGCGAAAAGGAAGUGUCCGGUUUUAGCAUAAGGGGUCGCGGUACCGCGAGAAAGACGAGCCUUGUUCGAAGUCCAAAUUUUUACAAACAAUAGGAAUUGAAGAAAGCGUGACGGUAGUAACAAAAAGGGUAUGGAGCAAAUGUAAAACGCUAAUUUGUAUCGUUCUAUGGUACGAUCCCAUCGUUGAGAAAAGAGCUGUGGUCUUUUCGCAGUAUUGUAAAGCAAUUCUGAAUUUUCAGUCGGUGAGAAAACGAAUUUAGAAAACAGACUAAUAAAAGAGAAAAAGAAAAGAAAAGCCAAAAAAAAAAGGACACGAGCGUGACUGCGAUCGGACAGUUUCUUAAACUUAUGAACUGGCCAUAGCUCUGACUUAUUGAAUAACAUGUGUUAUAUAGAUAUUAUAUAUAUAAAUAAUACUAAAAAAGAAAACUGGGAAAAAAGAGAAAUAAAGUCACGUGUAAUGAGGAUAAAGCGAACCGUGUGUAUACAUAGGAAUUCGUGCGAUGAGAAAACCAACGACAAUGUCAAGACACCAGGAAAUAACGACAUAUUGAUUAUUGUUCGUAUUUAUCAAAUAUCCACGUUAAACAGUGUACCAAAUUAUAUAAUAGCUUCUAUCGGUUAAAUAAUAAUAAUAACGAUAAUGGUACCUAAUCUUACUCAGAUAUGUACAUAUACAACUGCUUUUUAUAUGUGAUAAAAAUUAUUAUAUUCCUAUUAUACAUUGAGGUUAGUACGCUAUUGUAAAUCCUGGUUUUUUGUACACAGACUGUAUGCUAAGUUCAAUUCUUUCUUUUUGUUAACGAGAGAAUGUAGUCUAUAAUUAUUUAAUAUUUAAUUGUAUCGCUAAGUAAGCGUAACACACGUCUUGUAUGAUAUAUACAUAUUGUAUACAUACAUAAUAACUUGAUUUCUUUGAAGAAUCAAAUGUCAAGAUUGAUGCGCGUCGAACCUCGAAAGUUUGUUGUGUUAUAGUGCAUGUACAACCAACGCAAUGGUAUCGUUUGUUUCUUUACUUUUUAUUAGUUUUCUUUUUUCUUUCUAAACGAGCGAUAGAGAGGUAAGAAGUGAGAAUUACACGAGACGAUGUGACAGCCGAGUACAUGGUUCUAAUUAAACAAUCAACUGACUGUCCAAACUAUCGUGAAUUUUAUCGAGCGCGUGCAUUCUCAUUAUCACAAAUUUCUGUGCGAAAACGACAGAUCAACGAGAGUCGAUCAAGAUUGGCGGCCAUCUUUAAUGCGGUAAUCAUUUCCGAUUUCCGUAAUGACCAGAGAAACGACUGCGACCAUUUUUUUUUUUUGCGUGGAGCGUCAUUGGGAGAGAACAAUAACAAGAAUAAAAAGGAAUAUUUAUAAAUCUCGAUAACGAGCGACGACGAUCGAUGCAAACACAUUUGUCGAGAGACGCCAGGAAUAAAAAAAUCAAAGGCAAAUGUAUAUGAAGCAUUGAAAAGAAGAAUAACAGUAUACCCAACGCUGUACAGUUGUAUGCUUAUAAGCGAGGACGAAAUCGAACGGAAAAGAACUAGUAAUUCGAAUUUAAACGGGAAAAAUUUUCUUAAAAACGUGAACGAAACGAAAAAUAACAACAAAGUUCCCCGUCGAUGUCCGUUUUAGUUUUAGUUGUACAACGUAAUUUUAUGUAUUCACUCGAUCGACGCUCUAGUCAGUAAAAUUAAAUAAACGGAAGGAGAUUAA